AUGGUAGUAAUAGCCAUGCGCUCAGCUACGAUGGACCGUUCCCGGCUUGUUUGGGUUCGUCGAUCUACAGGAAACUGUGUCGGCUUCACUGAGACCGUGCCACGCCUGAAUCUGACCGCGAUCUGCCUCCAAAACAGUCCUCUCGGUGUUGGUCCUGCACGCCGUGAAUCGCAAUUCCCGGCGGGCGUCACCACGGCUGCGACGUGGGACCGCGAAUGGAUGAAAGAGCGUGCCAUUUCCAUCGGAACGGAAUUCAAAGCAAAAAGUGUUAACAUGUGGCUAGGACCUGUGACAGGCGGACACCUCAGCCGCUGUUCUUCAGACGAGUAUCUAAAUGGCGUCGCAUCGCACGUGGUGGUCCGAUACGCUCACAGCGUCGGUCUCAUGGCAUGUGCCAAGCACUACGCCGGGAUGGACUACGAGCAAGAGACCUACCGCAAUCCGUACAAUCUUUCCGAACCUUACCAGGUCUACCCUACCAUUGAGCAGAAGCACAUCUCCUCAAAUGUGAAACUUAAGACUGAACACGAACUGUACCUUUGGCCCUUUGCCGAAGCCGUGCGGCCCAGAACAGCGGCAAUUAUGUGCUCCCACGUCCAAGCAUGUCUGGACUCCUACCAUCAGAACACCAUCCUCAAAGGAAAAUUGGGUUUCAGAGGGGCCAUCGUCACUGACUGGGGUGAACUCACGGAAGCCGAGAGCGCCGUCGGCGGCCUCGAUGACAGCAUGCCGGGCAGGCUUACAAGUGACGGACAAUUUGGUUUCUUCUUCUUUGACCUGGACAAGCUGGUUGCCAAUGACACCGUGCCCGAAGCGCGUCUCGACGACAUGGUCCUGCGGACUUUGAUCGCGUGGUUCCACUUGCAGGACCCAGAGACGUACCCCGCACCAAGUUUUGACGUCAGAGAUUUGUCGAAGCCCACCAACAAUAUACGUGGCGAUCACCACAAGCUCUUCAACCAAUUGGGCAAGGAGAGCGUAGCUUUUCUCAAGAAUAUCAACAGCGGAGGCCGCGGACUUCCUUCCUCGGCCGACGCCUCCUCCAUCUCUGUUGCAGGGCAAGACGCUGGCCCGAAUCCGGACGGAUGGACCAGCUCUCGUGUCUCUGAGGCCGCUCUCGUCGUUAUCAAUGCAUUCGCGACGGAGGGCCAAUACCGUCAAAAUCUCACCGCUUGGGCGAACGGUGACGAGCUCGUGAACUCUGUCGCAUCCGGGCACAACAACACGAUCGUCAUCACCCAUGCGCCUGGACCCAUUCUGGUCGAAAAGUGGGCAGACCAUAAGAACGUGAUAGUGAUCUUGCAUGCUCUUCUGCCUGGUCAGGAAUCUGGCAACUCGAUCGUCCCCGUGCUCUUUGGCGAAAGUCCCCCACUCAGCGAUUGGCCGCCUCAUAGCAUUUCGUACGAUCCUGUGCGCCACCCGCAGGUGGAUUUCACAGAAAAUCCCUUGAUUGACUACAGAUGCCUGUCCGGCUUUACCGUCUCUGAGUCCUUCGCCGCCGACGUCGACUCGCUCGUGCCGAGCCGCGAGGCGUACGAAGGCUAUAAGACCAGCUACGGCACAAAGACGGGCUCUCUGUACAUCACCUUCCUCGCUGCAGAGAAUGAGCCGCCAUAUCUGUUUCGCGGCUUUGAGAAAGUCUGGCUAGAACCUGGCGCGUCGGCGAUGGUCACGUUCCCGCUGCGCCGCAAGGAUUUCUGGCACAAGCCUCGCGGCAGCCUCAAGCUCAGUGUGGGAACCUCGUCCGACGAGUUUGUCGCCACUUCGGCUUUAACUAUUUGA